UUGCAGCAGAGAGAAGAGGCAAUGAGCAGCGGGGUGUGGUUUCCUGCACUAGGACUGGUGGCCUGGCUCUGCUGCCUCAGUCUGGGGCCCGUUCAGGGGGGGAAGGUCCUAGUCGUGCCUGUGGAUGGGAGUCACUGGCUCAGCAUGAAGAUACUGGUGAAGGAGCUCAGCAACAGGGGCCAUGAGAUCGUUACGCUGGUGCCUGAGAGCAGCCUGUUGAUCCAUGGCUCGGAGGACUAUAAGACUGAGAUCUACCAAGUGUCUUAUACCAAAGCUGAACUGGAUGGGAAAUUCAAUGAGCUGAAGGAUGGUGUGUUCCUCAAGCCUCCAGCAAUCACAGAUUUGUUUAUAAAUGUGCAGCGUUUGGUUAACUUUACUUCAAUGCAAGUGAAAGGCUGCGAGAGUUUGCUGAACAACCAGCCUCUAAUGAGUCGACUGAAGGGAGCAGGCUUCAAUGCUGUGCUUACAGAUCCCUUCCUUCCUUGCGGGACCAUCCUUGGACAUGUCUUUUCCAUUCCAGUGAUUUAUUUCCUGCGUGGACUUCCAUGUGAGCUGGACAGAAGAGCUAACCAGUGCCCCUCUCCUCCUUCCUACAUUCCCGUGGCUUUCUCUGGCAACUCAGACAUCAUGACCUUCCCACAGAGAGUCAAAAACAUGCUCAUGACUUUUUUGGAGUCUUACUUGUGCAAAAUCAUGUAUGCCAGCUUUGAUGAUCUGGCCAUCAGGUAUGUGGGAGACAACAUAACCUUCAAAGACCUUCUUAGUCAUGGUGCUAUUUGGCUUCUCCGAUAUGACUUUGUUUUUGAAUGGCCCAGACCACUCAUGCCAAACAUGGUUUUUAUUGGAGGUAUCAACUGUGCAAAGAAAGCUCCUCUGCCAGCGGACCUAGAGGAGUUUGUGGAAGGCUCAGGAGACGACGGCUUUAUCGUUUUUACAAUGGGCUCAAUGGUGGACAACAUGCCUGAGGAGAAGGCAAAACAGUUCUUUGACGCCUUUCUGCAAAUUCCUCAAAGGGUUGUUUGGAGAUACAUCGGCCCUGUACCUGGAGAUUUACCCAAAAAUGUCAGACUUAUGAAGUGGUUACCUCAGAAUGAUCUCCUAGCUCAUCCCAAAGCUAAAGCCUUCAUCACUCAUGGAGGUACCCACGGUAUCUACGAGGGUAUCUGUAAUGCUGUACCGAUGCUGAUGUUUCCACUGUUCGGGGACCAGGGAGACAACGUACAUCGCAUGGUGUCACGUGGUGUUGCAGAGAAACUCAAAAUUUAUGACAUGACGACUGAAAUGCUGUUGACUGCACUAAAUAAAAUCAUCCAUGACAAAAGCUACAAAGAAAACAUGGUGCAGCUGUCUCAGAUUCACCUGGACCGUCCUGUUCAGCCUUUGGACUUGGCUGUUUUCUGGACUGAGUUUGUCAUGAGACAUAAAGGAGCCGCACACUUACGAGUGGCUGCAAAUGACUUAAACUGGAUUCAGUACCAUUGCCUGGAUGUCAUCGGCUUUUUUGUCCUCAUUAUCGUCACAGUUCUGUGGGUGACACUGAAGUGCUGCUUGUGCUGCACCCGCAAGUGUUGCAGAAAGAGGACUGCAAAGAAGAAGCGAGAGUAGCGUUUCCAGUGCAGCAGGCGUCAGUUUUGUAAAUUCUCUAAUGAAUUAACUAAUGAAGGUUGGAACACUGCAAUGACAUUUUAAGAUAGUGUGUGUGUGUGUGUGUGUGUGUGUGUGUGUGAAAUCUCAUCUUAAAUGUGUAACUGCAUUGUUUUUAACGUGUAACAAGAUGCUGGCAAUUACUGAUUGAUGCAAUCCUCUGCCAAAAAAGCUUUCAAGCAAAUAAAAUGUUUGUUUGGUUUUUUUAAACUUUGUCAAAGUUUUGUUUGUUGUAUU